GAAUAUAAAAAUUUAUAUUUAAUAAUUGUUUACACGAAAUUUUAAAAUUAUUGGUGUGUGAAUAAAUUUUGAAAUUAACAAAUAAAUUGUUUGAUCACCAAUUUGAAGAUAACAAUUGUAUUUACGGAAAAAUGAAAAGAACACGUCGGCACAAAAUAUAUUUUGUGUCAAUAUUUGUACUCGUAUAUUCUGUUAUUAAUGUAUACUCAGACACAAAAGAAUCUAUUAAAGAGGAACUUUCCAACACUUUAUCAGUGUCAACACACGAACCAAUUCAUGCAACAAGUGAAAAAAUUAGUGAAUCCGGUACAACGCCAUUUACAUUUAAAUCAACUGAAAAGUCAAUAAAAGAAGGUGAUACAGUAAGUCCUGAAGAAAAAACCACAUCUAAUAGUGCAUCGACAACUCCAGAAAAUGUGCAAAGUACAACACCCACGUAUAUGACAACAACUUUUGUCCCAACUUUACGACCACGUCGAGAAAAUUGUUCACCACCAGCAAUUGAACAAUUUCCCAGACCGUUGAUGGGUCCAAAUGCACGAAAACAUGGUGGACUUAUCUUACAUUUCAUUGUGGCUAUCUACACUUUUAUUGGAUUAGCAAUUGUUUGUGAUGAAUAUUUUGUAGCGUCAUUAGAUCGAAUAUGUGAAGAAUUAAAAUUAGCGCCAGACGUUGCUGGUGCAACAUUCAUGGCAGCUGGAUCAUCCGCUCCAGAAUUAGCAACUGUAGUCAUUGGUGUAUUCUUUGCAAAAGAUGACAUAGGAGUAUCUGGAGUUAUUGGUUCGGCAAUUUUUAAUAUUAUGUUUGUCAUAUCAGUAUGUGCCCUUUGUUCAGGCACCGUCUGUUACUUAAAUUGGUGGCCAUUAGUUCGAGACUGUUUCUUUUAUGCUAUUUCAAUUCUAGUAAUGUUAAUUACAAUUUUUAAUGAGAAAAUUACAUGGGGUGAAUCCUUAUUCAUGCUAUUCAUGUAUGUGGUAUACUGUAUAGUACUUCAUUUUAAUCCACAAUUAGAAAAAUGGUCACAAACGUGGUCCUGGGUACCUUGUAAAAAGCCGGCUCCUGAAGAAACUGGUUUAGUCAGUUAUAAAAAUUUGGAUGAAGAAACACGAAAGAUACCAAGUUAUACACAAGAUGAAGAAACAAGAAAAGUAGUACCAGCUGCAAAUUACGCAAUCGAUCCUAUGUUUGAUCCAAAUGCAGUAUGGGAUCAAGCCGAUCAAGGCUAUCCAGUUGAACCAACUCCGAUUCCUAUAGCGCAACCAAUACCAGAACCAGUGCCUGACCCUGAACAACAAAAACAAGUUACUGCUCAACCAGGUCCUGGAACUGUGGGACCUGCAUAUUAUAAACCAAAAGAAUAUAUUCCAGAAGAUCAUGUGUCACCACUUAUUCGACCAGAAGAUAUGAGUUUUUUCACUCAAGCUUCAUGGGGUAUAGUAUAUCCCAUACAUUAUAUGUGUAUGGCAACGAUGCCAAAUUGCAAAACAGAAAAAUAUAAAAAUUGGUAUCCGUUUACAUUUUUUAUAUCUAUGAUUUGGAUAUCAUUUUAUUCAUAUUUUAUGGUUUGGAUGAUCACAAUCAUUGGUAGCACAUUAGGAAUUCCAGACACAGUUAUGGGUUUAACGUUCAUUGCCGCAGGAGUAUCAGUUCCUGAUGCAUUAUCAAGUAUAGCAGUAAUAAAAGAAGGAUAUGGUGAUAUGGCAGUAUCAAAUGCAGUGGGAUCAAAUGUUUUUGAUAUUUUAAUUUGUCUUGGACUACCAUGGUUUAUACAGACAGCUAUAAUUAAACCUGGUUCACAUGUCAAUGUGAUAAGUAAAGGUUUAACUUAUUCAACACUAUCGUUAUUAUCAACAGUAGUAUUUUUGGUUGUGGCAACACAUUUAAAUGGUUGGAAGUUAGACCGAAGAUUAGGUGUAAUACUUAUGUUAUGGUACCUUAUAUUCAUAGUAUUCGCCAGCUUAUAUGAAUUAAAUGUUUUUGGUAAUUUAAAUCCACCAGAAUGUCCUAGUGCUUAUUAAAACAGUGAACUUAUAUAAA